AUGGGCCGGUUGACUCGGCCUGACAUUGUUACGAUGAACUCUGCGAUCUCUGCCUGCGCCAAGAGCAGCAAAUGGAUCAAGGCCAUUCAGCUGCUUGACGUGAGCAAGCAUGUGCAGCAGGGUCCUGACAUGUUCACUUACGGCGCCGCCAUCCGCGCGUGCGAGGGCAACUGGCGAGUGGCCGUGCAGCUGUUGGAUGAGAUGCAAGAAGGCAAGCUCCAGCCCAACGAGGUGAUUUCGGCCUCCACUGUGAGGGCCUGCUCGCGAGGUAACCCAGAAGCCAGCAUCCAGCUCUUUGAGAGUCUGAAGCGCAAGGGCAUCAGGCAGAACAAGUUCUCCUACACUGCCGCGUUGUCCGCGUGCCAUGUGGAUCAGUAUCUUUGGUCGUGGUCCUUGUGGUGCUUGCAAGAAAUGAAGGCAGAUGGGAUUGAGAUCGACAUCGGAGCUCUCAACGCGGUUAUGGGUGCUUGUCAAAGUGCACACUACUGGGGACGCUUGCAGAAACAAGACUCUCAGCUGGUGGAGAGAGUCUUUGAAGAUGUUCGCUACUUACAGCUUGCCCCUGACGUGAUCACGUACAGCCAUGCCAUGGCCGCGGCCAAGGAGGCCGGGUCCUGGCAAAGAGCUCUCGAGCUGCUCAACGAAGCGCAUGCUGAUCAGCUCCAGCCAGACAGCGCAUUGUACACGCACGCAAUCUCCGCGUGUGCAAGUGGUAGCAGUUGGGAAAACGCGCUUCAGCUGCUAGCGGCAGCCGCUGCAUUAGGUCCAGUGACGUACCACUACAGCUCUGCAAUGGCAGCCUGCGCGGAGGCGACACAGUGGGAACAAGCUGUGGCGCUUGUCCCGGAAAUGGCGGAGGCAAGCUUGGAGCCUGAGGUUGUCACAUAUACCGCUUUGAUUAGUGCCUACCUGAAUGGCGGGCAUUGGCCCAUGGCAUUGCAGCUGCUUUCGGAGAUGCAGAGGAAGGACUCCCAGCCGAACCACAUCACCUUCACCUCCGGGGUCAAGGCUUGCAUGCCAUCCCAGAAUUUCGCCUUCGCGGUGAGAUGGAAGCAGGAGAUGGAGCGGCUGGGCGUGCAGCCCUACUUCACGACCUAUGUGUACCUCGUCUCGCUUGCGGCGGAGGUAUUGGUCUCAGAUCAUUUGAGCGCCCGAGAGGAUGCCGAGCGGCCGAUGGGGCCAUGUGUGGUCACAGACGGCACGCGCGGGGAGGUGUGGCGAGCAGUGGCUUUGCAGGCGCACUUGCUGGGCAAGCCUCCUCGACCGAACCGCACCCGCAGCGCGUCGGCGCGUCAGGACCGGCCAGACCCAUCACCGACUGCGCGCAGUGACUCAACCAGGAGUGCUCCAAGCGCGUUCAGGCAUGCAGAGAUCUCUUAUGACGAGAAGGUUCGACGUCACGAGGCAUCUCUGACCCUCGCCCAGCGCAUGGGCCUGGUGGCUCCGCCAGCACAGCCCCUGACCAGCGAGCAAUGGGAGCAGGUGAAGCAAGCCUCCGACCAGCGGGAAGACAGCACAGUGCCAUGCAGCAUUUGUCUUGACGAUUUCCGGACACGACCCCAAGUCAUUCUGAGCUGUAGUCAUGUCUUCCAUGGCGAGUGUUUGGGCAGCUUUGAGAGAUUCGCCGGCAAGCGGCACUGCCCGCUGUGUCGAUGCCCUUACUUUGAUGCUACCAUACACCAUACCGGACUUAUGGUUUGGCGCAAGAAGUGCGCUGGGCGCAUUCAAAAGGCCUGGCGGGGCUAUAAGAGCCGCGACGAGCUUUAUUCGCAACUACGACAACCCGAUGUUCGCCUAGGAGCUCCUUGCAUGCAUCGCCGUUUCUGUGGAAAAGCGCUUCAGGCGCUUGGCGGCAAGCUGGAGAAGGCGUGCGAGGAGCAUGAAGACUCUCUGGAGAGGUUCCUCCAGGAGUUGGAUGGCAGCGUGGCGGAGAGCUCCGCGGCGCUGCGAGAGGGCCUUUGCAGCUUCGAGCGUCUGCAUGCCACACCGAUGAGCUCUGCAGGUGUUCACGCAGCUUCAGCUUCCUCCCAGGAGGGCCAAAGUAGCCAUCCGAAGAGCCAGAGCCUGCCCAGCAAGGCUGAAGGGGAGCCCUCCGAGUGGGCGGCCGCCAGAAGGGCUGUGCUGAGCAAGGUGGACUGCCCCAUUUGCUUUCAGCUCUGCGACUUAUCCAGUCAAGGUAAUCGGGUGGAGCUUUUGUCCUGCUCACAUGUAUUCCAUCGCACCUGCUUGGUGUCCUUCGAGUCCUUUCAUGUGUUUGAGGUUGGUCCGGUUUGCCGCCAGACCUACGAACGGCGGCCUUGGAAUCUGGAGGCCCGAGGUGAGGCAAGGCCUCGGCCGCCCCGGCCCGGACGCGGACGUGACGGACGUGACGGACGUGGGCGGCAGGCGGCUCAGAGGCCAAACUACCGGAUUCUCCACGCCUGA